ACAGAGAUGUCAGCAUGAGGAGGGAGAUCCUCAAGUUAGAAGUGUACUGCAACUUCCGGAAUGAAGGGUGUCGGGAGAUUCUUCCGUGGAAUGCACUAGAGUUUCACCUGAAGUCGUGUGAGUUUAGAGCCACCCCCUGCCUCUUUAUGAGCUCGGGAUGUCCGGUAGUGACCCCCCACAGAGACAAGGAGGGUCAUGCUGACCAGUGUGAAUACCGACCAGUCACGUGCACUCAUUGUUCUCAACAGCAAACCUUCAGAUCUCUAAAGAGUCAUGAGGAAACCGAAUGCCCCCGUGUGGUUGUCCAGUGUCCAAAUAGCUGUGGAUCAGAAUCUUGCCCCAGACAAAAGAUGGAAAUUCACAUAGAGAAAGAAUGUCCAAAAAGACCACAAGUGUGCAAGUAUCAAACAAUGGGAUGUGUGUUCACAGGUGAAGAGGCGGACCUGUUGAGGCACACAGAGGUUUUCCGGGAUAACCACGCCUACCUGACGGCCCAGCAUUCACAUCAGGUCGCACUUGACACGGCAGGGUGUCGAAAAGAUAUCCAAGAAAUCAACUCCAGUUUACAAAGUCUGACGGAAAGAAUGACUGAUCAGUCCAGACAAGUGGAGUCAUUAAUAAGCGCACUCGACGGAUUCAAACACACACUUAAAACCAUCAAAAUAAAAGCAGUUUCACAAACAGAAAGACUGAUAACCUUAGAGAGGAGAGUUGACAACAUGGCAGAUAGAGAGCUGGUAGAGAAGCAGGGGAGGAGCGUGAUGUUACUGACAGAGAGACAGGGGACACUGGAACAGCGUGUCACUCACCUAGAGAGGGCGGGGCCAUCAGGCGGAGAGGGCGGAGCUUGUCAGCCUCGAGGAGAGAACGACCAACGCCUAGCUUUACUGGAUGCUAGAUUUGCGGAUAUUGACCUACGAAUGCAGGUUAUAGAGACAGUGAAUUACAGUGGGGUCUUGAUGUGGAAGAUAAGAGACUACACCCAAAGAAAGCAAGACGCAAAGGCAGGGAAGACAACCUCUCUGUACAGCCAACCUUUCUACACAGGACCGUUCGGGUACAAGAUGUGUGCACGUGUUUAUCUAAAUGGGGACGGGAUGGGUAAAGGAACACACCUGUCUCUAUUCUUUGUCGUUCAGAAAGGUGAAUAUGAUGCCCUGUUGCCCUGGCCAUUCAAACAGAAAGUGACGCUGAUGUUAUUGGAUCAGCAGAAUGGAUCGCGCCAUGUCGUGGAUUCUUUCAGACCGGAUACCACAAGCUCUAGCUACCAACGACCGGUGACGGAAAUGAACAUAGCUUCCGGGUGUCCAUUGUUUAUAAGUCACGUGGUGUUGGAGACUCCGACCUAUCUAAGAGAUGACACGAUCUUUAUUAAAGUUGUAGUUGACAGUGAAGGUCUUAAACAGCACUAGAGUGGAGUGAAAGUCGACUGAGUGUUAUGUUUUCUUAUUGCAGUGUUGCUUACUUGUGGAUUCUUUAACUCCCUUGUCUCUUUUAAAACUUGAAAUAAAGAUUAUCAAAUAUUGUGUUAUCUUUUCAUUCUAUGUAUUCUAUAGGUAUGGAUGGUUACA